GCAAUAUUUUGGUUAAAAAACUGCGUGAACAUUCCUGAAGUUUAUGCAUGUCAGGACUCCGAACGGUUUUUCAUCUGCAGUUCUUAACACGCACAAAGUCUCGAAUUGGCUCCAGCCCAGCCCUACUUCGGAAACUCAAGAACCCUGGAGCUGAAAUAUGUCCACCGACAGGCACUCCUCUGCGCACUCUACAUCUCCCGAAGAAAACACCAUGUUUCUUGAUAUAUUGCAUGAGGCUCCUUUAUUUGGUCAUCGGAAGUCCACAAGCAUUCUCGGGAGUAUUGUUUACUGUUUUCUAUUGGCAAGUUAUGCUAUUUUGGCUGUAGGAGCUCCAUGGAUAUUUCGUCCUAUACGCGGAUUAAUCCCGGCUCUGCUUUGCAGUUGCAAUGGUGCUCUUUUGUUAGUUACAGGCAUCUUUCUACAAUAUUUGGUCUACCAAGUUCAGAAAGUACGGUUACAGGGGUACUAUAUUUUCAGCCAGAAAUUGAAGCAUAUUAUUCGCCUACCUUUCGCCACUACUGCAUAUGGAACUGCUGCAAUGCUACUCAUCAUGGUUUGGAAACCUCACAUCAGUUUUCUUUCUAUAUCUACAUUACUUAGGAUUAUUAUGUUGAUUGAAGCAGUAUGUGCUGGAUCUUUUAUGAGUAUCUAUAUUGGUUAUUUGCACCAGUAUAACUCGUUGAAUUCUCAACCUGAUGUUUUGAAGUCAUUGUAUUCUCCACUUCAAAAUUCAAGUUCUUUGGAAGGGUUGAGGUAUCAUGAGGGUGGUCGGCUCUCCGAUCAGCAGAUGGCUUUACUGCAAUAUCAGCGGGAGAACCUUCAUUUUUUGAGUGAGGAGAUUCUUCGAUUGCAAGAAUGUUUAAGCAAAUAUGAACGCUCUAAUGAUGGGAUCACACCACAGGUUGAUCUUGCGCAUCUGUUAGCAGCUCGUGAUCAAGAAUUACGAACACUUUCUGCGGAGAUGAAUCAACUACAGUCUGAACUAAGGCUUGCUCGAUCUUUGAUUGCUGAGAGGGACACAGAGAUUCAGCAUGUGCGCAACACUAACAAUCAGUAUGUUGAAGAGAAUGAGAGGCUAAGAGCUAUAUUAGGAGAAUGGAGUGCCCGAGCAGCAAAGCUUGAACGAGCCUUGGAAGCUGAGCGGAUGUCAAAUUUGGAGCUGCAAAAGAAGAUAUCAGCAUUGAGAGAUCAACCCCAGGUAUCGGCGGAAUCUAGUGAGCAGCACGGACCUUGAUUGCUGCUUUACAAACAAAUUGUAUUUAUCCAUCCUCAUUGCUCACCUGUAAGCAUUUUCUGCUUCUUUUCCUCCUUCCAUGGUUGAAAGAGAGAUUGUGGGACAUUAACGUAUUUAAUGUAUAAAUCAGUUUGUCCAAUAGCCUUUUCAUAAUUGAUUAUUUGAUCAAGUUUCAUUCAAAA